AUGGGGGUCACCGCGCUCUGGCAGCUGCUGGGCGCGGAGCAGGUGGUGGAGCACUACCGCGGCGCCUCCGCCGAUGAGCUGGCGCACAUCGUGCAAGCGGUGGACGGCGCCGCCGUGGCCGUGGACCUCUCGCCCUGGCUCAUGCAGGCCGACCAGCAGCAGGCGCUCCUGCCGCACUUCAGCAAGGAGGAGCGCUGCAUGAAGGUGGCCUUUGAGCGGGCCGUGCAGUGGCUGCGCCACGGCUGCCUGCCUGUGAUCGUGGUGGAGGGGCGGCCGCCGCAGGAGAAGCGCGCGGCGCAGCAGGCGCGGUUUGCCUCGCGAAACGGCUACGCCGGCGGCGGCAGCCAGCAGGGCGCCAGCCAGUUCCAGCGCCUGGGCCAGACGCUGGGCAUGAUGCUGGAGGAGCUGGGCCUUCCCGUCUUCUAUGCUCCGGGCGAGGCGGAGGCCGUGUGCGCCGCGUUGAGCGCGGCCGGCUGCUGCGACGCUUGCGCAACCCCGGACGGCGACGCGCUGCUGUACGGUGCCGAGAGCCUGCUGCACACGGUCAAGCUGCAGACCGGCCAGCCUCGGGAGUGCGAGCUGCGGCGGGUGGGCAUGGCUGCCGUGCGGCGGCGCCUGGGCCUGCGCAGGGGCGGCACCAAGGCGCUGGGCGUGCUGGCUAUGCUGUCGGGCUCGGACUAUGAUCUGGAGGGCGCCCAGGGAGUGGGGUCCAAGGGAGGGCUGGCAGUGGCGCGCUACCUGCUGCGAGGCGGCGCGGCAGCGGGGCAGGGGGAGCCACAGGAGGACGACAGCGAAGUUCUGGAGCGGCUGGCGGAGCUGGUGCAGCGCCCGCCGCGGCACGACCUGCUGGCGCUGACCAAGUGCACCGGUUGCCAGUCAUGCGGCCAUGAGGCGAGUGCUAGCGGUCGCCGCCCUACCCUGGGCUGCUUCUCGCCUGGAAGCGGGCGCGCGGGCAAGAUCAAGCGGCACACAGGCAAGAACCCGUGCCGCUGCUGCACGCCCGCCGAGGACGGCGGCUGCCAGGACGCGCCCUGCGGGCCCUGUCGCUGCGCCUUCCACCGCCAGGAGACAGAGCGGCGGGUGGAGCGCAUCCUGGAGCGGGUGCGGCGCAAGCCGUCGUUCCUGGCGGAGGCGCAGGCCGCCGUUGGCGUGUUUGAGCGGCAGGCCCGCGAGGCGGCCGCCUAUGUGGAGCAGCGCCUGGGGGAGCUGGGCGGCGCGCCGGGCCGGAAGCUGCACUGGCUGCACCGCCCCCGCGUGCGGGCGGUGUUUGAUUACAUCGACGCCCGGCGCCGCCAGAUGGUGUGGGACCUACCGGCUGUGCGCAGCAAGCUGCUUCCGGUGCUGCUGGAGUGGGAUCUGCAGCAGGAGGGCCGGGGCGAGGGGGAGCACGGCCCGGCGGAAGGCGUGGAGUUUCGGGCGGUGGAGGUGCAGAAGGUGCACGGCCUCAAGAGCAAGAUAGAUGAGCUCACUGGCGCGCACUGGCGCUACGUGCUGCGCUGGGAGCGGGUGGACUCUGAUGUGGAGGGGCUGGGGGAGCUGCAGGUGCAAGCCAAGAAGCCGCGGGCCAAGCCCGGCGCCGCUGGGUGGGGGGCAGGCGAGUACGAGGGAGACGAGGAGGCGGUGCUCAGCCAGGCUGCCAGCCAGUCCGCCAGCCAGCCGGCCGGCGCCAGCCCAGGGUGGAUGAGCCAGCCUGAGACGAUGUCGGUGCGAGAGUUUGACCUGCGCUGGCUCAAGGAGCAGCCUGCGGAGCACCGGGCGGUACGCAUCACUGCGGUGCAGCGGUACCUGCCCCGCCUGGAGUGGCUGUUCCAGCAGCGCCUGGCCGGAGGCGGGGCCAGCGGCAGCGGCAGCGGCAGCGGCGGCAAGAAGAAGCAGGCUGCAGCGGCGCCAGCAGGGGCGCCCCGCGGCAACGGCAGCGGCGGCAAGAAGGCCGCUGCCGGCGGCGGCGGCGGCGGGGUGCGCAAGCCGCGGGCCGACAGCAAGGCAGCUGCCGCUCGCCAGCUGCUCAUAGAUUACGAUUCAGGAGGGGAGGAGCAGGGGCAGCGGUACGGCCCGCAGUACCGCCCUAAGCCCCAGCUCGAUGGAGACCUGACUCGGUACCUUGUGCAGCGCCGCCCGGGCCAGCAGCCAGCUGCAGCACCAGGCGCACCAGCAGCAGCGGGCUCAAGAGCCGCCAGCAAGGCUUCCAAGCCCGGGGCAGGCGCCGCGGUGGCAGCAGCAGCGGGUGGCGGGCGGGACGGGUAUGGCCUGGCAGGCAUCUCCGCCUCCGAGCAGCAGCAGCAGCAGCGGUAUGCACAACACCUCCCCGCCACGGCAGACGGCGUGCGGGCGCUGCUGAGCAAAGUGAUGGACGGCGGCAGCCAGCCGGCAGGGAAAACGCAGCAGCAGCGCCGCGAGCGGCACCCGCCGCCGGUGCAGCGGGGUUCUCCCGAGAAGAAGCAGCGCAGCCCGCGGGGCGCGGUGGCAGCGGGAGCAAGCGCUGACCCUCAUCCCGCAUCCACCACAGCAGCAGCAGCAGCAGCAGCAGCAGCAGAGGGAGUGGGAGCGUCUCCGGGCGCCGCCGCCUCCCCAGGCGGGAGCGAUUUCGAGUAUGUGGAUCUCGUCACCCCUCCCCGCACCAACCUCGGUCGCCUGUCGCCGCCGCUGCAGCCCGCAGCGGACGCAGCUUGGCCCACCGGGCUUCGGUGCGGCGCAGCUGGAGGCAAGGCUGCGGUGCGGGAGCGGCGGCAGGCACGCGUCGCCGUGAUUUCUGGCAGCCCGAUUGACCUCACCCUUGACUCUGAUACCGAGUAG